UCCACUUAACCAUUUUCUUCCUCAUUUGGGGCAAAACAAAGCGCAGUAACUACCCAACAUUCAGCACGUGCGACGCCUGAAUUCAGGACGCACUGCAGCGGGCGACAAGAGCAGAAAGCAACGCGGGUGUGCAACACCGCUUAAUAGCAACAUAAAAUGAACGCAUUGCGCAACAUCUUCACAUCGCGAACUCUCAACUAUUUGCGCCAGAAUGGACAAAACGCGAUCCUCAACGCCACCCAGCAGCAGCCGGCGGUGGACGCCGUGCCGUUGACCAACGAUGCCGAGCAGCAGCUAAAAUCGUCGCGUCCAGCACCGCUUUCCAUACCGCGCUCCAUACUCGAUGCGUGUCAUUUCACGGCCAAACAGUUUGACCUGGGACGCACCACGUCCGGAAACCAGGCGAAUAGCUCUCUGUCGCCAACGACACUGAAGCGCUUCGGACGCAUGCAACGCCGCAUGGAGCUGGUGUACCGCUGCAAGCUGUGCAACACCCGCAACACGAAGACCAUCAGCGAGGAGGCCUACUACAGCGGCGUGGUGAUCCUACAGUGCGACGGCUGUGCCGUCGACCAUCUGAUCAAGGACAAUCUGGGACUGUUCACCGGCAGCGAUGGCGAUAGCAGCAUUAGCUCUGGAAUCAGUACCAGCAAGAAUAUCGACCAGGUGCUGGCCGACCGGCAUGCCCGCGUCCGGGUGAUCAAGGUGAACGAGCGCGGCGAGCUGAUUUAGGAACUCUAGUCAAAGGGGCAUCAGUAGAGGUGAGAACCUGGUGCCGUCAACCUGCGAACCGUGUCUGAGGAGGACACACUCGACACGGGGUGGCACAUUGAACCCAAGCAACCAAGCACCCAAGUACCCAACUGCAAACCGGAAUCCCACAUUUUGUUUCCGAGCUCAGCCGGCUGUAUAUAAUAAUUGUACUGUAAUUGUUGAUUGUUUCGGGCCGUGAGUAAUGCCUAAAAAAGUGAUUAAAGGAACGACCAGUUCAAAAGCUAAAAAAAUACAUUGUAUAUGGCUAAAUCUGUUAUUCCGCUGUAGACUAUCUAAUCAGGGUACACAGAAAGCAAAAUGUCUUAAAUUGUUGAUAUAAAUGUUAAAGUAUAUGUACAAUCAUCAAGUUUUGGGCUACAAGCCCGCCACUUUUGUCAAUAUACGCCGUGCCUAUUCUA